AAGGAAGAAGGAAAAGAAGGAGCAGCCGGCACAAUAGAAGAGGAAGAAGAUUGCAUCGUAGGGAGAAUCUGAAGAGGGGGAGGAGAUGGAUCCCAUCAAGAGGUUGCAAUCCGGGUUCGAGCACUUUAAGAAGGAAACUUAUGAGAAGAAGCCCGAUGUCUUCCGCACCCUCGCAGACGGCCAGAGCCCCAAGUUCAUGGUGUUCGCAUGUGCGGACUCGCGCGUGUGCCCGUCGGUGUUGUUCAAUUUCGCGCCGGGGGAGGCCUUCAUGGUCCGCAACAUCGCCAACAUGGUCCCACCCUACGACAAGACCAAAUACACCGGCGUCGGUGCUGCCGUAGAAUAUGCCGUCCGCCACCUCAAGGUGGAGAACAUCGUGGUGAUCGGUCACAGCCGUUGCGGAGGCAUCAAAGGGCUCAUGUCAAUUAAGGAUGAUGGCUCCUCCAGCUCUGACUUCAUAGAGGACUGGGUGAAGAUAUGUAUGCCUGCGAGAGAGAAGGUGAAGAGCAGUUGUUCUGAAUUGGCCUUUCCAGACCAAUGCACCAAAUGUGAAAAGGAAGCUGUGAAUGUGUCUCUUGAUAAUUUAAAGACAUACCCCUUCGUCAAAGAAGCGUUGGAGAAGAAGACUCUCGCUGUAUAUGGAGGUUACUAUGAUUUUGUUAGUGGCGAUUUUGAGGCGUGGACGGUGUAAACCUUGACCUGUUCCCCUCUCGAUCACGGAGUUAUCAGUGAUGUCAUGAUGAAUUUGAGAUCUUUUGUCCUUGCCGGUCCAUUAAUUUGUACCUGCAUGGACAAAGCUAUUUUGGACCUUUGAAUAAAAAUGGACUGCUUGAUUUUUCUCUAGUUUUCUGUAAUGAUAAGAAAUUUUUCCUUCUCC